AUUUUUUUAUUUUAUUCACAUUUAUUCAUUUUAUACUUAUUUUUAUAUCAUGUACAAUAUUUUAUAACCUAUAUAUUCCUCCCUUUUAGCUCAUUUCAUUUUUACAUUAUCUCCGUUUACUGUCUGUACGAACUUUUUAAAUAUAAAUAUGGCGUCUUCUUGUAAGGACUAUGAUUAUCUCUUCAAACUCGUUCUCAUCGGUGAUAGUGGCGUUGGAAAGUCCUGUCUGCUGCUCAGAUUUGCCGACGAUUCCUUUACUGACAGUUACAUCACUACUAUCGGCGUAGACUUUAGGUUUAGAACCUUAUUUGUCAAAGAUAAACGUGUUAAACUUCAAAUCUGGGAUACUGCCGGCCAGGAGAGGUUCCGCACUAUUACAAGCACGUACUACCGUGGAGCUGAUGGUAUUAUUAUGGUUUAUGACAUCACUGAUAAGUCUUCUUUUGAACACAUCAAUGACUGGCUCACUGAAGUCAACAAAUACUCCUCUGAGGAUACCUGUAAGCUCCUCCUUGGCAACAAAUCUGACAUGGAAGACAGCAGAGACGUUAGUGCCACUGACGUUCAGCGUCUUUCUGAGGUCAUUGAGGUCCCUGCCAUGGACGUUUCCGCCAAAACUGGUCAUAACAUUGACAAGGCAUUUUACUCCAUUACUGAGAAGCUCGUAAGCUUAAAAAUGGAAUCUGACCAUGAUGUUACUGAUUUAAGGACUAUUUCUCUUCAGAACACUUACAAUGAUUACCUUAAACGUGUUAAAAACAUGAAAUGCUGUAAUCAAUGACACUUUUAAACCUUAAUUUCAUUUUUUAUA